UCAAUUCAAAAAUGCUCCAGAAUUAAUUGGAGGGAUUGGAAUGCGUUUGAUGGAGAAAAUGGGAUGGAAACCUGGACAAGGUUUAGGUAGAAAUGCUGCCGGUCCAAUCGAGCCUCUAUAUUUGGAUGUUAAGGCUGACAAGAAGGGUUUCUUUUCUGAGUACCUUGAACGAAUUCCUAAACGUGAAAGUGUUCUUGAUCCAACAGGCAAAAAUCCAGUUUCGGUUCUAAUGGAAGUUUGCAGCCGUAAUCGAUGGAUGAACCCAGAAUUUGUUUGUGAUGAGAUGGGCCCACAUAACAAUAGACGUUAUCUUUGGAAAGCUGUAUUGAAUGGUGUAGAAUAUUCACCAUCACUUCCUUCUAGCAAUAAAAAGGCCGGAAAGGCACAAGUUUGCAUGGUUGUCUUGGAAGCUUUGGGGUUUGUUUAUUUUAAAAUUUGGUUUUUUAAAUGCCCCAUUUUAGAUUUUGUAGUUAACAUUCUUAUUUGA